AUGUUUGGAGGUGGUGAAGAAUAUUUUCGCGAGCCUCCGUCAAUAGAUCGCGACACACUGCAGCGAUUUGCGCUGUUCUGUGCACGUCUUCGUGCGGCAGAGAAACCUGGAAAAAAGACAGUGGCCGAGGCUGCCGCGUUGGCCCGCGAUGUGGGCAACAAUGAAAUGGCCUUUGAGCUCGUCGUUGGUGUUCUUUUUCGUCACAUCAAGUCAUGGGCGGGAAACAAGCAGUUAACGUGCUGGUAUAUUUUGGAUAAGCUGUGUAAGGAGGACCGCGACAAAUAUGGCUACACUGCAAGCAAAUACGUUCUUGAGAUUGGUCGAGACUACAUUCCGUACGAAGAUCCUGUGCUGGGUCCAAAGUAUGAGAGCCUCGUAGAGCACUGGGAGGGUGUUUUCCCACGUCACGUUGUGGAUGCCCUCUGGUUGGCAAAAAAAGACCGUUUAUGGGCCAUAGAGCACCCCAACGAUGUACUGCGACGAAAGGAGGAAGAAGAGCAGCAGUGGAAGCAGGAGGAGAUGGCGAUGGAAGAUGAAGAUGGCCUGAACGAUUACGGACAACCGUGCAUGGAUUAUCUGCAAGGUCGCUGUUUUUGGGGCGACGCCUGUCGUUUGUACCAUCCUCCAGGGGAGGAAGGGACAAUGCCGCUUGAAUGCCGCUUGGGAGACUGGAAAUGCCCAUCAUGUGGUGCGAUUAAUCGUCACUUUCAGCGACGUUGCUCGAGCUGUGUGAGGGAAAAGCCUCAGUACAAGAAGGGACGAAAACCCACGGCGGAGGAGGCGUUAUUAUCGUCGCCGGACCCAAAUGUUUAUGCUGCACUCCGGCGCCAAUUUGGUUAUGAUCCCAACGUUGUAGAGGAGGCAGAAGCUCACUGGAAAACACGUUUGGAAAAUACACCCAUUGAGGCUUACAAAGAAGAGCGACGUGCAGCCUAUCACGUACGUAUUUUGGGAAAGACGCCGACUUCAAAGCUGGAGGAACGUAUGCGAUCGCAAAGGAAUUAUCCUGAUAUUGAUAUUGGGCCGCCUGAGGAAGUUGUCGAUUUCAGUGCGGCUCCUGGACGGACAGCAAGUGAAUUGUUGGUUCCUGCUGACGCUCCUUCAGUGAGCGCUGUGGGUCUUCUCGCUCAAACGAUCACUGAGCGUGGGGCUAGAGAUCCAAAAUUACCGCAGAUUUUAUUUGAACUUGCCUAUCACGUAAAGCAGGUUGCGGGAGAUGGUGGGGCGAAGUUGUCAUCGACUCAAGCCGAGACACUGCUGACGGCCUGCAAGAUUGUGUUUUCUGCCUGGGGCGCAGAUCGUAGUGCGGCACCGUUUGUCCCACCAUUCUUCAAGGAAAUACGUCACACCGAGGACUCUUUGGGCUUGUCAAGUGAACAGCAGGAACAUCUCACCUCCAUCACGCGAGAAUUCUGGGCGAAUUGA